AUGUCGUCAACAAAGGUUGUCGUGGUGGGAGCCGGUCCCGUCGGCUCACUAGCAGCUCUGUAUGCUGCACAAAGAGGCCAUGAGGUUGAGAUCUACGAGCUCAGAAAUGACUUGAGAGACCCCUCGACAGUGCCACUGAACUUCACAAAAUCCAUCAACCUGGCUCUCUCGGUACGUGGCAUAACUGCCAUGCAAAAUGCAGAGCCAAACACCCCAGAAGGAGAGCGCAAACUGUUGGACCAUGUCCUGGCCGCUACGAUUCCCAUGAGAGGACGCAUGAUCCACGGCAGGAAAGCAAGCGGCGAGUUGUACGAGGAGGCACAGGACUAUGAUGUACACGGACGGACAAUUUUCGCCGUAGAUCGUGGCGGCCUCAACAAGCGCCUCCUCGACGUGCUCGAGAGCAUGCCCAACGUAAAGUUCUUCUUCAACCACAAGCUCACAGGCGCGGAUUUCCGCAAGCAAAAGGCAUGGUUCGAGCACAAGGAUGGCUCCUCCGAGGGCCGGCCAACGGAGAUCGAGAUCUCAUUCGACUUCAUGAUUGGGGCCGACGGCGCUCACUCCUCGGUGCGGUACCACAUGAUGAAGUACACGCGAAUGGACUACGAGCAGCGGUACAUCGACGCCCAGUGGUGCGAGUUCCAGAUCCAGCCCCGGGAGCACUUUGAUGCCACCAACCCGAUGAGCCAGUUCCGCAUCAGUCCGAAUCACCUGCACAUCUGGCCCGGGAAGGAGUUCAUGUUCAUUGCCAUCCCGUCCGAGGAUGGCACAUUCACCUGCACGCUGUUCGCCCCAGCAGAGAAGUAUGCAUACCUCGAGUCAGACCCUGAAAACGUCCCGGCCUUCUUCGACAAGUACUUCCCCGGCGUGACCGAACUCAUCCCUGCCGCCGACCUGGUCGACAGCUUCAAGCGGAACCCUCACCUGCCCCUAAUCACCAUCAAGUGCAAGCCCCACCACUUCUCGUCGUCGGUCGUGCUGGUCGGCGACGCCGCGCACGCCAUGGUGCCCUUCUACGGACAGGGCAUGAACGCCGGCCUGGAGGACGUGCAAACACUCUUCACAUUCCUGGACAAGCACGCUGGUGGCGACAGGGCCAGAGCUUUGGACGAGUACACAGCCCACAGAGUACCAGACGCGCACAGCAUCAACGACCUGGCGCUGCAAAACUACGUCGAGAUGCGCGCCAGCGUCUUGAGCCCGACGUACAGGCUGAGAAAGUUCCUGGAAGAGAGUCUUAGCAAGUACCUGCCCGGCCUGGGCUGGCAGACAAAGUACAGCCGGGUGUCGUUCAGCAACGAGAGGUACUCGGAGGUCAUCGCAAGGAGUGACUACCAGGGCAAGAUUUUGAUGAGGGUUUUUGGGGCCACGGUUGGAGUCCCCUUGCUUGCUGGUGGCGCGAUGCUGUGGUUUAGGUACAGACGGGUUGCAGAGGCCUCAGUCAAGGCCGCAGGCGAAUGGCUGGUCAACAUCCUGAGCCGGUGA